AACCACGCAUCACUCCACUCCAAGAUCUUCCCUUCCCAGUCAAGUCGCCUCCUUCCCCACCGAGCGAGAUCGAGACAAGGAGAGGAGGCACUCGACGCCAUGGGCAAGCCCAAGCCCUCCUCCGCCGCGCCGCCGCCGACGCGUCCGUCGGCGGCCUCCGCGCCGAAGACGGUGCACUCAGCGCUGCUCACAUACACCUCCAUGCUCUCACUCCUCUCCCUCUGCCCACCCUUCGUCAUCCUCCUGUGGUACACCAUGGUGCACGCGGAUGGGUCGGUGGUGCGGACCUACGAGCACCUCCGCGACCACGGGCUUCUGGAAGGGCUCAAGGCCAUCUGGCCCAUGCCCACCAUGGCCGCCUGGAAGAUCAUCUUCGGCUUUGCCCUGUUUGAGGCCGUCCUGCAGCUACUCCUCCCCGGGAAGCGCUUCGAGGGUCCCAUCUCACCCUCCGGGAACGUGCCCGUCUACAAGGCAAAUGGCUUGCAAGCAUAUGCAGUGACCUUGGUCACUUACCUAAGCAUGUGGUGGUUUGGACUUUUUAACCCUGCAAUAGUAUAUGAUCACUUGGGGGAGAUAUAUUCUGCUCUUGUCUUCGGGAGCUUUGUGUUUUGUAUUUUCCUGUACAUAAAGGGUCAUGUAGCACCAUCUUCAUCUGAUUCUGGAUCCUCAGGAAAUGCAAUAAUAGAUUUCUACUGGGGAAUGGAGUUGUAUCCUCGGAUUGGUAAACAUUUUGACAUCAAAGUCUUCACAAACUGCCGUUUUGGGAUGAUGUCCUGGGCUGUUCUUGCUGUAACCUACUGCAUAAAGCAGUAUGAAAUGAAUGGCAGAGUUGCGGAUUCUAUGCUUGUGAAUACUGCACUGAUGCUGAUCUAUGUCACUAAGUUUUUCUGGUGGGAGUCUGGAUAUUGGUGUACCAUGGACAUUGCUCAUGACAGAGCUGGUUUCUAUAUUUGCUGGGGAUGCUUGGUGUGGGUUCCAUCAAUAUAUACUUCUCCUGGGAUGUACCUUGUGAAUCAUCCUGUGAAUUUGGGUCCCCAGCUAGCAGUCUCAAUUCUCCUGGCAGGAAUAUUGUGCAUAUAUAUAAACUAUGACUGUGAUCGACAGCGCCAAGAAUUUCGCCGGACAAACGGAAAAUGCUCAAUCUGGGGCAAAGCACCAUCAAAGAUUGUUGCUUCCUAUCAGACAACAGCUGGAGAAACCAAAACCAGUCUUCUCUUGACUUCUGGCUGGUGGGGCUUGUCUCGUCACUUCCACUAUGUUCCAGAGAUACUAUCAGCAUUUUUCUGGACUGUUCCAGCUCUUUUCGAUCAUUUCCUGCCGUACUUCUAUGUGAUAUUUCUGACCAUAUUACUGUUGGACCGAGCAAAGAGGGAUGAUGAUAGAUGCUCAUCAAAGUACGGAAAGUACUGGAAGAUGUACUGCAACAAAGUACCAUACAGGGUUGUUCCUGGUAUUUACUGAAGAUACUAAGCGGAUGAUGUACUUGUCAUUAGUUUUCGCAGCGACCUAGGACCUGGUACUGCUUGUGUAAUACGAUGCCAGUAGCUUUGUAUGCAGUAGCAGGUUUAGGUUAGCAUGGUAUCUUACUAAUGUGAUGUAUCACUGGGCUACUUGUUCUGCCACUGCGAUAGGAUUCGAUUGCCCGAUCUUAUGACAUUGUAAAAAGUAAAUGAAUUGCAUAUUUAAAUAUUUAAGUUCAGAUUCUUUUUUUAGAACUAAA